CUCGCCGGAGCCGCCGCUGUUGUGCGUUCUCUUCCGCGUCGCUGUCGCUGCGCGAUAGGGCGGCGCUUGCGGCUCCGCGCCGCUUCCGUCGGCGGGGAUGGAGCUCCCGCUGCCCCCGUCCCUGCCCGCGGCUGCAGCCGUGCUGGCGCUGGCGCUGCCGGGCCUAGCCGCCCUCCUCCUGGUGCUGGUGAGAGCCGCGCCGCGGUCACCGCGGGCCUCCCGGGCAGGCGCGAUUUGUAUGAUUGCUCAUGUAACUGCCAGAAAAAUGCCAACCUUUCACCGACAUGAAAAAGAGAAAUUCUUCGUAAAUGCUGAAGGCAGGAAAGAAUCUGUGCCAAGUAUCCAUGAUCCCCCUACCAGGGAACUCUCUGUUGUUGUGCCUUCGUACAAUGAGGAAGACCGAUUGCCUCUUAUGAUGGAUGAAGCUUUGGAUUAUCUAGAAAAAAGACAGAAACGAGAUCCUUCAUUCACUUAUGAAGUAAUAGUGGUGGAUGAUGGUAGUAAAGAUGAAACUACAAAGGUUGCAAUGAAGUACUGCAAGAAAUAUGGAAGCGACAAAGUGCGAGUGCUUACUUUGGUAAAAAAUCGAGGGAAAGGAGGAGCAGUCAAGAUGGGUGUCUUUAGUUCUCGGGGGAAAAAAAUUCUUAUGGUUGAUGCAGAUGGAGCUACAAAAUUUGCAGAUAUUGAAAAAGUAGAAGAAGGUCUAAAAAAUCUUCAGCCAUGGCCUAAUGAAAUGGCUAUUUCCUGUGGCUCUAGAGCUCACCUGGAGAAGGACUCAGUAGCAAAGCGCUCUUACUUUCGAACUAUUCUAAUGUAUGGGUUCCACUUCCUUGUAUGGUUUCUCUGUGUCAAAAAGAUCAGGGACACACAGUGCGGGUUUAAACUUCUAACCAGAGAAGCUGCCUCACGGACUUUCUCAACACUUCAUAUAGAACGCUGGUAUGAGCCAUGCAAGCAGAGUAAAAAAAUGGAGAGAAGCUUUCAUUAUUAUAAGGAAGUUCAAAACUUUAUUAGUCUGUUUUUAUGCAUUACAAUUCACUACUGCUUAACCAAAACAUGGUACAUAAAACCCAUAUCUGAUAAGUUUGUAAUUGCUGAAGGCUCAAAGUGAAAGGAAAUGCCUACUAUUUUGCAUCUUUUAUUACUAGAAUGUUUCAUGAGAGGACUAUUGAUAGAUUCCAUUAAUAAAAGACAGUAGAAAAUGAUGCAUGGUCUUUGAAUUGCUUUAGAGUUCUCUUUCAUUGUAAUUUAGAUAGAACAGUUUAUUUUAGAGAGUAAUUCAGUUGUGACUACUUUUAUGGGACUGAAACACUGUUUCCACACAAAUAUCAUAAUUAAAUUUCCUACACCACAACUGUUGAUAGAAAGGGUGGCUUAAUUAAGCUUAACUAAAUCUUUUCAAAUAUUGUCUUCAUCCAAGAAAAUCUCUCAUGGGCUACUGCUUGCUGACAGAGAACAGAAUGACUGAACAAUGUUCUUGUACAAAAAUAUGUGUAAUCCUAUAGUCCUGGUCAAUUCUGAUACAUCUAGUUUUAGGCUGAGCUUUGGCAGCGACAGUUGAGCUAUAUUGCUCCUUCAGAAUGGGAUUGCAAAGGUAGGGUUUGGGCACAUGAAUCUGGUGCUGAAUGUCAAGCUUCUGUUGAACUGAAUCUGGAAUUGUGAGCAGUCAGCUUUUGGAAAAACACUUUCCUAGCUGAGUGGUUUGCUUAUUGCCCUAAAGAAAACUGUAGCUGAGCCAGAUGUAUGAUUUGUGCUGCUACCUUCAAAAGCAAACUUGAUCUGUAAAGUUCUGUAAAAUUCAUAUACAGGGGUUUUCUGAAUACGUGGUUAAACAUGUAUGCGAGGCCCAGAACUGCACAUCUCAAAAUUAUCCUGUUUAACUUGGCUUUAUAAAUUCAGUGCUUCAAGAAGAAACACUGAAAGAGAUGAAUAAGGAUAAUCAGUUUAAUCUGUAAAAAUGCAGCCUUCAAUUUUACUCUGUUGUAAACUGAAGAUUUUUGUAAUAAUUGCACUUGUCAGACAUAUUAUGUAAAAUGUUCAGGUUUUUUAUUAAAAAAAUCUUAACAAGCUUUCUUCUGCCACUAGGAUUCUCAAGCAGCAAAAGAAUGAAAGAGUAAAAAUAAUUGUGCUGUACCCCAUUAUCCAGGAAUAGAGGCAAUGAAAAAGGGAUAUUGCUAAUUUAUAGUAAUUAGAUUGCUGCUGUGAAACAUUGUCAGCAUGUCUUGGUGUGUUAAUUCAUUGUCCUUAUAUGUGCUGCUAUAAAAUUAGCCUUCUGUUCUUGAUCUUUUAUUUACUGUAAUCCAUAAACUAAGCCCCUGAGUGUUUUCUUAUUUAUCUGAAAUGUACUGGUUAGUGAUGAAGAAUGUUUGUUUUGUUGGUCAAAAAAAGAAUAACUCAAAUGCUUCCAAUAAACAGCUCUUCAGAUACGUCUAAGUCACAAAUUUGCCUGAAACAACAAUAGUUUUGUUUUGAUUUGGUUUUAAUUUGGUUUAAUUUUCUGCCAAAGUGGGCAAUAUAUUGUCUGGUUUUAUCCUCAUCUGUCCUUCAACAGUCUUUGUGCUUCCCUGCCUUCAUUUUCAUACUUAUUGGCUAAUUUAAACCAAAUCCAACAGAACAGUAGACAUUUUGAGAUCAAAACCUUUGGCAAGUUUCAUGGAAACUGAAACCUCCAUAGAGGAGAGAAACUCGGAUUAUUGCCACUGCUGAAAGACAAAACUACAAUAAGGACUCAAAGUUACUUGUCAGCUUCACAACUAGCCAUUUAUCAUGUGUAACUGGAAGAUAACAAAGUGUGAGUGCACAAAACAGAGUACUGUUCCUU